ACAACUCUCUACUUCUUUGGAAGUAACGAUAUGGACUGCGUAUAUUUUACCUUCCCCAGACCUCACUUGGUGGGAUUAUACUUGGUUUGUUGUUGUUAUUGAUGUAGUGCUUGACUUUGUUAUGGCCGGCGACCAUACCAUAACUAUACAAAAACACGCAAUUUUUUAUUUAAUAAUAUACAAUAAAGUCUAAUCUAAACCACCAAGAAAUGAAGUUGAUCUACAUUAAGCCCCACCACUCCCAAAUGAUUCCCUUUUUCUUCGUCUUCUUCUCCUUCCAAAUUGUCGUUUUAUUUGUCUGUUUCUCAAAGCUCCAUUUGCAAACGAAUAAAAACCUUAUACUCAUUAAUUUAUUUACUAUACUAGUACUAUAUAUUAGUGGAUAGUUUUCAUUAUAUCAUCUCCACAUUUCACAUUGACUUGAUAAUUAAUACCCACAAGGGUACUGCGUUCCUCUUUAAUAUGUAGGAGCCAAUGGAGCUAUAUACAUAGCUAAAACACUAUGUUCUUGAUUGAUUCUUGUUAAGUCAUUUUCAUCACAAAUAAAGGUGGUCAUAUUCUGCAUACGUUCAUGUGGUACGUGGUGCCCUUAUUGCUUUCACAAUUCUUCGUGUUACUCAUCACGUGAUUUCUUUUCCCUCCUUAAUUAAUUUACCUCUCAUUUAUAUAUUCUACCACCUUUCAUCUACUAUUUGGAAUUUAGGAGAAAGAGAGUGAUAGAAGCAAGAACAAUGGCGGAAUUGCUUAGAGAACGAAUGGACGGCAGUGAUCGCAUCGUGAGUCGACGAAAGAGUUUAACCGAACGGCUAGGAUUCACCGGAUCCAUUGCAUGUUGUGGGGCCACCUUUUGUCUCCGACCAGCUUCGUUAAGCGCAGUGGACUACGAUGGCGUCGAAGAACAGCUACAUCCACCGCCGGAUGCGGAGGACGUCGGCCGUGAAUCACCGCCGGAAAUAGAGUGCUUGGGUCACAUUCCGGCGGGUUCCGGGAUGAACUUAGCGGCGGCGUUACUAGCGGAGCGGAACUUAAGAUCGGCCCAAGAUUCCGAAGGAUCAGGCCCAAAUAGAAGCGCUGAUGGGCCGGGUACAGCACAAGGAACGCCGCAUAGGAUGUCGUUGAUGAGAUUGUUGGAGGAAACGAACGGCUGGGAUGAGAAGGAGGAAGAAGGGGCGGGGAAUGAUAGGGUGUGCUGCGUGUGCAUGGAAAGGAAAAAGGAAGCAGCAUUCAUACCAUGUGGACACACAUAUUGUAGGGUGUGUUCAACAGAACUUUGGUUAAAUCGAGGUUAUUGUCCCCUUUGCAAUAGAUCCAUUCUUGAAAUUCUCGACAUUUACUAACGUCAUGGAUUCUUGUGUUGCGAUUUCUCAUCAAAGUGAGUAAACAAGAUUUGAUUUUUUCUAUUAAAUGAAGGAAGAAGAUUAGGCAACACUUUCAUAAAAUUGUUGUACCUAGAACAAGUAAGAAUUUGUUGUUUGUUUUGUGAAUCUAUCGACUAUCUAUGGGUCAUUUUAUUUGCCUCUA